UUAUCUUAUCCUAUUUAUCAAGUAAAAUAAAUGAGUAAUUACUUCUGAUAAUCCUUUUGUAGUCGUGGCCAUAUAAAGAUAGUAAAAAGUGUUAAAUGUUUCUACUCCGGAAUAUUUGAAAAAUUUAUUUAAAACUUAGCUUUUGACAUAAAUUAAUAUAAUUCUUUAUACGGGGACAUGGAUCGCCGAUUUUUUGGUAAUUGGAAAACAAUAGUCGUUAUAUAUAAAUUUUUCAAAUACAAUGCAAAUAACCUGUAUCCUGUAUUGCAAAGGAGUAUAUAUAGUAAAAUGGAACCUAUAGAUAAAGAUGUCAGUAACGUAGAAAUUACAGUACCCUGGGGAAAAAUAUCAGGCAAACUAUGGGGUAAUGAUAAAAGUAAACAACCUAUUUUGGCACUCCAUGGAUGGCAAGAUAAUGCUGCUACGUUUGAUAAUUUAAUACCAUUGAUUAAGAAACAUGAACCGAUACUUGCAAUUGAUUUGCCUGGUCAUGGUUUAUCUUCUUGGUUACCUCAAGGACAAAUAUACUUAGAGAUCAAUUAUAUAUCUUUAAUUUAUAGAUUAAAAAAAUAUUUUGGCUGGGAAAAAGUAAAAUUAUUGGCACAUUCUUUAAGUAGUCACAUAUGUUUUUGUUAUGCUUCACUGUAUUCAGAUGAAACAGAUUACGUAAUAAGCUUUGAUCAUUUGAAACCUUUGUCUACAACUAUUCCAGAUUAUAAACGCACUUUAUCAAAAAACAUUAAGCAAUUUCUUAUAAUAGAGCAAAUGGAAAAUAAACCACCUGUUUAUAAAAAAGAAGAACUUAUAAAAAAAUGGACUCAAUCUGCUUUUAAGUCUUUAACUGUAAAUGCAUGCGAAAUAUUAAUGACUAGAGGUGUCACAGAAAUGUCUGAUGGAACGGUCUACAUAAAUAGAGACCCAAGAUUAAGAAUUGGGCCAUUUUAUACUUGUUGGUCGCACGAACAAUUAAAAGAAAUGGCCAGAUAUAUAAAAUGUCCAUAUUUAAUUAUACAAUCUGAUAAAGAAAUGUAUAUGGAAGAUUUGAGGUAUUAUUACGAUAUUGUAGAUAUUUUAAAAGAAAGUAGUAAAGAUUGUCAAUAUUACUUUAUACCAGGUAAACAUCAUAUUCAUCUUACUAAUGCAGAAGCAUUAGUAACAGUUAUUAAUUCAUUUCUCGAAAAGCAUAACAAAUAAAAAUAUUUAUGUAGAAUAUAAUACAUAUUUAUAUUUAUU